UCGAGCCGUACUGCAACUCCUUCAGACAGGCUGCUGUGGACUAACAUUUUUUGGCUCGUAACAGAAAGUUGGGAUAAGUCUGGGCGUCGAACACGUCUGGUUUGCCUCUUUUGUUUGAUAUUUACAGUAUUUGUAAAGAUUUUUUUCACUGUGCCUGUUUCAUUUAGCGGCGGGUCGUAGACUUUUGUCAGUUUUUCUCUGAAAUCUCGAACCGCGUACACAGAGGGUCAACAUGGCCCAGUGGAACCAGUUGCAGCAGCUGGAGACGCGCUACCUGGAGCAGCUGUACCAUCUGUACAGUGACAGCUUCCCCAUGGAGCUCCGCCAGUUUCUAGCCCCCUGGAUCGAAAGCCAAGACUGGGCAUAUGCAGCCAAUAAGGAGUCCCACGCCACGCUGGUGUUUCAUAACCUGCUGGGAGAGAUCGAUCAGCAGUAUAGCCGAUUCCUGCAGGAGAACAAUGUUUUGUACCAGCACAACCUGAGACGCAUCAAACAGCACCUGCAGAGCAAGUACCUAGAGAAGCCCAUGGAGAUCGCCCGCAUUGUAGCCCGCUGUCUGUGGGAAGAGCAGAGACUGCUACAGACUGCCACUACUGCUCAGCAAGAUGGCCAGGCCGCCCACCCAACUGGUACAGUGGUGACGGAGAAACAGCAGAUCCUGGAGCACAACCUGCAGGACAUUAGGAAGAGAGUGCAGGAUAUGGAGCAAAAGAUGAAGAUGUUAGAGAACUUACAGGAUGACUUUGACUUCAACUAUAAGACUCUGAAGAGUGCUGGAGAGCUGUCCCAGGACCUGAAUGGAAACAGCCAGGCUGCAGCCACCAGACAGAAAAUGGCUCAGCUGGAGCAGAUGCUGUGUGCCCUCGAUCAGCUCAGGAGGCAAAUCGUGACUGAGAUGGCAGGGCUGCUGCAGGCCAUGGACUUUGUCCAGAAGAAUCUGACUGAUGAGGAGCUGGCUGACUGGAAGAGGCGACAGCAGAUAGCUUGCAUUGGAGGACCCCCAAACAUCUGUCUGGACCGGCUAGAGACAUGGAUCACUUCGUUGGCUGAGUCUCAACUGCAGAUCAGGCAGCAAAUAAAGAAGCUGGAGGAGCUUCAGCAGAAGGUGUCAUAUAAAGGGGACCCCAUUGUUCAGCACCGCCCUGCCCUGGAGGAAAAAAUCGUAGACCUGUUCCGCAACCUCAUGAAGAGUGCGUUUGUGGUUGAGAGACAGCCGUGCAUGCCUAUGCAUCCAGACAGACCUCUAGUCAUCAAGACAGGAGUUCAGUUCACCAACAAAGUUCGGCUACUGGUGAAAUUCCCAGAACUGAACUACCAGCUGAAAAUCAAAGUUUGCAUUGACAAGGAGUCUGGUGAUGUGGCAGCCAUUCGAGGGUCCCGUAAGUUCAACAUCCUGGGCACUAACACUAAGGUGAUGAACAUGGAGGAGUCCAAUAAUGGCAGCCUUUCUGCCGAGUUCAAACACCUGACUCUACGAGAACAGAGGUGUGGCAAUGGUGGCCGAACCAACAGCGAUGCUUCUCUGAUUGUGACUGAAGAGCUUCACCUCAUCACCUUUGAGACAGAGGUUUACCACCAGGGUCUCAAGAUCGACCUUGAGACACACUCUCUCCCUGUUGUAGUCAUUUCUAAUAUCUGUCAGAUGCCAAAUGCAUGGGCGUCCAUUUUGUGGUACAACAUGCUGACCAACCAUCCCAAGAAUGUAAAUUUUUUCACAAAGCCUCCUGUGGCCACAUGGGAUCAAGUGGCUGAGGUGCUGAGUUGGCAGUUUUCUUCCACAACCAAGAGGGGCCUGACUAUUGAGCAACUUAACACACUCGCUGAGAAACUGCUUGGUCCUUGUGUCAACUACUCUGGUUGCCAGAUCACCUGGGCCAAGUUUUGCAAAGAAAACAUGGCUGGAAAAGGUUUUUCGUUCUGGGUAUGGCUGGACAACAUCAUUGACCUGGUGAAGAAGUAUAUUCUGGCUCUGUGGAACGAGGGGUAUAUCAUGGGCUUCAUCAGUAAGGAGAGAGAGAGGGCUAUCCUAAGCCCAAAACCUCCUGGGACUUUUCUGCUACGCUUCAGUGAGAGCAGUAAGGAGGGAGGCAUCACAUUUACCUGGGUGGAGAAAGACAUCAGUGGUAAGACACAGAUCCAGUCAGUGGAGCCAUACACUAAGCAGCAGCUGAACAGCAUGUCGUUUGCCGAGAUAAUCAUGGGCUAUAAGAUCAUGGAUGCCACCAACAUCCUGGUCUCACCACUGGUCUACCUUUUCCCCGAGAUCCCUAAAGAGGAGGCCUUUGGCAAGUACUGCCGGCCCGAGGCCCAGCCCGACGCUGACUUCCAAGAGCCUGGAUGUGCCAUUCAGCCGUACCUGAAGACCAAGUUUAUCUGCGUCACCCCGUGUCCUUCCGUCUUCAUGGACUUCCCGGACAGUGAACUGCUUGGGAACGGCUUCCCUGGGACUAAUUCGGGCAACACAAGUGAUCUGUUCCCCAUGUCUCCUCGCACUCUCGACUCGCUGAUGCACAACGAGGCGGCAGAGGCCAACCCCGGACCUCUAGAAUCUCUCACGCUGGACAUGGAACUGAGCUCGGACGUGGCUUCACCAAUGUGAGAUCAGCAAAGACAGAUAUGCCCAGCCCUCUGAUUUAGCUUUUCACUUCUAGAUGUUUCUGCUAUUUGCAGUCAUAUUCAUUUUCAUGUACGUAAUACUGUGUUUAGAGAAGUGCACCUCCUUUUACUGUCAUUAUGACCUUGAUUCUUUUGCAUAGCCGAUGAUGUAGUCAUUACUCAUGGUGAAGAUGAUAGAGUGAACUUUUGCUAACAGUUUUAAAAGUUAUUCAGUUGAAUUGCAUUGCUCAUAUAUGAAUUUCUUCUGAUAUAGCAAGCUAAACUAAGCGAUUCUCAGUAAAUGAAUAAUUCCAGAAGGAUGCUAGGUCACUAUCUGCACAGACAUCAUUAAAGAAAACAGAAUAUUGAUUUUGAAGUUGCAGCAUCUGUGAGUGUCUGAUCUUGUUGUCAACUGUUCCUUUAAAAGGAGCAAUGUUGUUUUGUUUUUAUGUUUUUGUUUUUUGAUCAAGAACAUUUUCAUAGACAUUUGAGGUUGUAAAGUCUGUUUGCCCUUUAAAACAUGCAUAAUACUUCUUGUUUUAGCAUCUUGCAGUCUACCUAUAUAGAAAAUAAUGGAAUAUGUGCUUUUUUCAUUUUUUUUAAGUUUACUCUUCUUUGUGGUUGUCUUGGGGAAGUUGAGAAAUAUAAUGGUUUAUUUUUAAAGACUAAAACGUUGUAAGUCCACGUUGGCCUUGUGAAAUAGGUUUAUUUGCUGUGUAAGCUAGCUAUGUGCGUGUUAUAAGAAGAGUGUAAAAGUUAUAAGAAGGGAGGAAAGAUGAUGCCACUCGAGCUAUUGUAUUAUAUUCUUUAGCUUUAUAUCCGUUUGUCUGCUUCUCUGUUUGUCUUUGUCUGUCUGUUCACUCUAUACAAAUAUGGCUUAUGUUGUUUUAUGUCCAUGGACUUUGUCCUAGAAGCAGCUCUGGGAUCAGAUCUAAACUGGAAAAUGUAAUGCGCUGAAUGUACUUGAUUCACAUGUGGACAUCAUUUCCACUUGUUUGUAUUACAUCAGAACAAUUAUUGCCAAGUCAAAAUUUUAUAUUUUAUUUGUGUGAAAUUUAUACACAUAUGUGAAUCAGUUCAAAUUCAUCGCAUUACUUUAUCAGUGUAGUGCUGAGUGUAUAUUGGGUAACAGCAGAAAUGGAACUGAUAAUGUCUGUUUAGGUUUAGAUGGAGAUUUAAAUUCAUUUCUAUCAGAGCUUGAACUCAGGGUAUUGCUGAUUAAUCAGGUGUUAAAAAAUACACAGGGCAUUCACAUACAUUCAGUGUAGCAGUCAUAGAGACUUACAUAAUAUAAUUGGAAAUGAGUUUAAAAAGUUUACUGUUCCAUGUAUUUUAGGUAUUUUAGGUAUUUUUCCAGCAUGCCUAGAACAUGAGCCUCAGAAAGACCUAGCAGGGGGAAAAACUCAAUUAUUAGAUUUCAUCCACUGUUAAAUGUCAUUUCUCACAAAUUAAUCUCAGCUGCUUUUCAUGUGAUGAAAUGGCGGCGGUAAUUACAUGUCCAUCUCUGUCUAUCUGCCUGCCUUUAGCAGCCACGGCAGCCAUUCUGCAGUAAAGGUUACCCGAAGGAAUGUAAGAGGGAAAAAAAAGAGGAAUAAAAAGAUGAAUAGAAUGAGUGUCCCAGCGUUGAAGAUAGCGUGCUGACCUUUGUGUCCAGUCUUUGGUCACACAUAAAGAUGUUCCUCCCCUUGAUGUUUGCAGUAAUGGAGUUUUUUUGUAUUUUGCACUUUUCAUCCCUGGUGAGUCACGAAGGCCUGGGUUGAAGUAAUUCUCACUCGUAUUACAUUUUGUCCAUGUUUCAAAAUUGUUUCAGCUUGCCUUUAAGCUCUGAUUUCCAUUUUGCUUUCUGGAUGAUUGAAUAUAUGUAUAAUCAUUUAUUAAUUUUUGUUCUUUUUUUUGUUUUCAUCACAUACCUGUACUAGUCGUCUUUUUUAUUUAAAUAUGUUCUACUGUAGUUUAUCUGCCUUGGUAAAAUCUUUUCUCUGGAUUUCAUUACCCAGCACUGCCAUCAUUCUCCAAUGCAGCAUCAUGGUCAUUGUAGUUCAUGUGUUGUAAAUUUCACUCUCACCAAGCUCUCUGUACAGUAGCUGCACCCUUCAUUAAUUUUAAUUAAAUAAGAAAUACUCCAUGUAA